GUUUCCCAGAUCUCCCCGCGUUAUAAACACUCAGCAAUGGCUGCCUCCUCAUCGGGACACAGCGCAGUAGUGCAGAGAUUGUGUGGAUUUAUGAGAUUUAGACAUGUCUGCGGUGUUCAGCUGUGUAACCCCUCGAUCAGCAGUCUGUGCACAUCUGGAUCCGCACGACAGAUUCAGCCCAGCACUCAGAGUAACCGUAUUUCCCCUCAGCUGUGUGGGGUCGUUGGGCUGGAGAUCCAUGCACAGAUCCACUCGAACUCUAAACUGUUCUCCAGCUCACGCGUGACCUUCUACAGCCCACCCAAUUCAUCAGUGGCGUUUUUAGAUGCUUCUCUGCCUGGAACUCUUCCGGUGCUAAACAAAAGGUGUGUGGAGGCAGCAGUGAUAACGGGCCUGGCCUUCAACUGCACCAUUAACAGGAAGUCUCUUUUCGACAGGAAGCACUACUUUUACGCUGAUAUGCCUGCAGGUUACCAGAUCACCCAGCAGAGACUCCCCAUUGCAGUGAAUGGGUUACUGAACUACAGCUACUUAGGAGGGAAGAAGAGGGGUCAGGUGAUGAGCAGGCGUGUCAGGAUCAAACAGAUCCAGCUGGAGCAGGACAGCGGGAAGAGUCUGCAUGACGAGCAGAACAGCCAGACUCUGAUAGACCUGAACAGAGCAGGUGUGGGUCUGAUGGAGUUGGUGAUGGAGGCGGAUAUGAGUUGUGGUGAUGAAGCUGCGGCGGCAGUGAGAGAGCUCCAGCUGAUUCUACAGGCCCUCGACACCUGCCAGGGGAACAUGUCUGAGGGUCAGUUAAGAGUGGAUGCUAACGUCUCUGUGCAUCGUCCCGGAGAGCCACUGGGUGUGAGGACUGAGGUGAAGAACAUUAACAGCGCUCGAUUCGUAGCUAGAGCCAUAGAUUAUGAGAUCCAGAGGCAGAUAAAGGUUCUAGAGAGUGGAGGGACCGUCGUGAAUGAGACUAGAGCCUUUGACAACAAAUCUGGAACUACAGUCUCUAUGAGAGACAAAGAGGGACUGCAGGACUACAGGUUCAUGCCUGAGCCGAAUCUGCCCCCUCUGUUUGUUUAUGAGGGCGUGGCAUCAGUACCUGCUGGCGUUGACCCCGCCCAGGUGGUGUUGAUUGACAGGCUGGAGGCUGAGCUUCCAGAGCUGCCAGGAGUGAGACGGGCGAGACUGGUGGAGCAGUACAGAAUCCUGCCUGAACACAGCUUUACACUGGUGAAUGAGGAUGGGCUGGUUGAUUACUUUGAGCGGGUGAUCCAGAACGCUAAAGCAGAGCCGAGGAAGGUGAUUGGCUGGGUGAUGCAGGAACUCCUGAGUAAUCUGCACCAGCAGGGUCUAAAGGUCACUCAGAGUCCUGUCUCUGCUGAAGCUCUGGCGGAUCUGCUGAACGUUCUGGAAUCUGGUCACAUCUCAUCUUCUGCUGCCAAAGUGGUUUUCCAGGAGAUGUGGAAGACUCCAGAAAAGACCGUGAGGCAGCUGGUGAAGGAGCUGGAUCUAGGAUUGGUCAGUGACCAAGAGCAACUGCUGAAAAUCUGCCAGAGAGUGGUGGACACUCACCCUGAACAGGUGCAAGUUAUCAGAGCGGGAAAUAAAAAAGUGCUGAAUAAACUGAUGGGAGCCGUGCAGAAGGAGACGAAGGGCCGAGCAGAUCCGGUGCAGGUGAAGGCUCUGCUGGAGAAAAUGACAUCAUGACACCCAGUAUGAGGUCCAAAACAUAUUUUGUGUGUGUCAUGAUCCUACACCUUCAAAAGACUCUUACAGAAAACUGGAGAAAACUGCUACAGGAAGAGUUACUACAUCUGGCUGACCCGCAUGGCAACAGCUUUAGCCUUUAGCUCAGCUUAACAUGGUUGGACUAGGUCUCAGUUUCUGCAGUGAAGAGAAGAAUUAGAGGUUUGACAUGAGAAGUGCAGUGUAAAAUAAAAAAACAUGCCUCCGUAUCCAGUGUUUUUGUGUAGAUAUUAGUCUGAAAUGAUCUCAGAUUGCUGUAGCCAAGGCUCUACAGCGUAUAUCUGUAACAGGGCAGUGUACUAAUGUGGUUAGGAAGUGUAUUAACAGUAAUUAAAUAUAAGUAAAUGAGCAGACCCUGUUUAUGUGCACGGCACUAUUCUAAUCAUUGCAAUUACAUCGAUAGCUUUUCUCCAUUUAACCUGUCUUUUAUUUUCUAGUUGCCUCCUCUAAGAUGUGAUGAAUCUCUGUUUUGUAAUAAUUAGUAAACAUGUCACUCGGUUGCUGAUGCAGAAAUGAAUGUAUUGAUGUUCAAAUACGAAUAAACUGAAGGGUUUUUUUU